GUGCAAGACUAUAUCAGAAACGAUGCAGCAAAUCUCAAAAAUGAAGUGUCUGAGGUACGAGAUGUGAUUGGCUCCAAGCGCGUCCCUGCCGCAGUGAUGGUAAACCCUAAGGUUCAGGAAGCCGCGGUUGAAAAAGGAAUCGAAGUGGCUGGAAAACUUGUGGACAAACAACUGCAGACAAUUGAUGAUGCCCAGCGAAAGGCUGCGGAUUUUCUAAAGAAGGAGGUUAGCACAAGUAAAUCAGGGAAACAGCAAACAACACCAUGGGACUGAAUCCACAACUCUUUGUUUAAUUGUAAUCCCCAAAAGUUCUAUAAUUGUGUCUUUACUUUUGAAUGACAGCCCAUUCGGGAAUAGCCACUGAGGUUCCAGUAAUAAAGAAGUUUGUUUUUCUUAUGCCGACCACUCGGACUAGCCACCCGAUGUUUACUUUGGGAUUCUCCGCGAAAAUAUUUAGGCAACGAAGAAAGACAAUACAGGAGGAAAAAUACUUCGAGUCUGAACAUAGCUGCAGAAGAAAUAUCAAUGGAAUAAGGCCUGAAUUACCGCAUUGUGUCUUUUAACUUGAAUCCUCUCUUAUGGUAAUCAAUUUAAUAAACUUAAACGCCCUUGCUUAGCUCACGUUGUAUAGCGCCGGACAGCCGUGCAGAAGAGUUAAAGCCAACACUCAGGCUCUUAAAAUAACCGAAGGCAAUGUGCUGUCUUAAACUUUCAAGUCUUCCCGGUUAAAGAAGAUAAGCUGUAGGCCCCGCCUCCUGCAUUUUCCGUUAUACUGGUUAGCAAGGGACGAACCCACACAUUUCUCGCAAGGAACAUAACUCUCAGUGUUGUGGUCUGGCCUUGUCAUUGUUUAUACAGGCCCCCAUUCAAACAAGCUUAAAGCUGAACUAGGCCAGCCUGUCUAAAUAUCGUAAAUACGUACAUGAAAUUGGAACAGAACAGCAAUAAACUCAAUAUAAACCAUAUACCAUUUUCAUAUGGACAAUCAAUUGCUCAACGAGAAAUUCUAGAAAAUUUAAACUUCUUAACCUUUCUUCUGACUCAGCAACUUGACAGCUUUUCAAUGUUAGUCCUGAUUGGUGAUUAUAAGAAAUUAACAAAAAAAACCUUAAGAAAUAACUGAUUUAUGUUUCCAUUGAUAGAUCAAACUUGACAUCACUCCAGACAAAGGAUGGGAAAGUGAGGAUAUGUUUCUCCCUCCUGGAUAUCACAUUGAUGCAAGUAUCUCAGGGGGAGAAGAGUCGCCCAAAGAAGGAGGAGAAAUUCCUUAUGUGUUUCCUGCGGGCCUUGGAACGGCACUAAUGAACGGUUGCUGGGGAUCUGGGUACAAAGAAACUGAUCCUUGUUAUUCGGCAAAAUGGAAGUCGAGUAUUUGUCAGGUAAAUGAACACCCUGCUUCCUGAACAGUAUUUGACUAUAAACAAGUAGGAAUAUAAAUAUAUGCUUCCAACUCUGCCCUUAGAUUCGUUCCUCUCAGGAGCAAAUUAUAUUGACUACCAUAGAAUUUUUUUUUUUUUUUGUAAAAGGUUUAAUUUUCUAUAAACUGCAGUGUUAUAUAAGGAUUUCCAGCCCUAAGAAAAGUCGUAUCAAUACACGUGAAAAAAUACGACAAUAUUUCACGUGUGUUUAAAAUAGCCAAUCAGUUGCGGACAGGUCACUCGUCUUUCGCGCUACUCCGUCAUGCAAAGCCUUAACCAAUCUCAAUCCAAGUUGUUUUGUUAAAAUUUUCUCGGAGUGCGGCUGCUAAAACACUGAAAAAUCCACAUCGCCUACAGAUAGCGACGUUCAAAACUUCCUAGAGAGGGAAGAAAACCAAAAGACGAAAAGAAAAAUCGUCACUUACGUACUUAGUGGCUUUAAUUUGGUAGUUGCAUUUCUCGCGGCUGAGGACGAAAGAGACAACUGGGUGAUAUACCCCCAGCCGAAUUUGGCCGUGUACCUGAAAAGAUUUCUUCUGUCGGGGAGGAAAACUUUCAUAACUGAGAAUUUUGUGAAUUGAAAUUUCGCACAUUGUUUGUUUUCGUAAUGAUUCAACGCAUUUUUCAUCUGAAGCCUUAUCGCCAACGCACUUUACAACUUUUUUCAUUCAUUGAGUUGACUUUUCUUGUCAGUGAAGGGCUUUUAUGUUUAUAGAAUAACCCAAUAAGACAUGGAGUAGAUAUGGAAUUUCUCUUCGAGUGUUCAACGCGAUAUCUCACUCGUGAGCUAUCAAGUUAAACACUCGAAGAGAAAUUGUAUUGUAUUGUACUAUUUGUAUAAGUUCAGUUCUCACCGUAAUUAAGACUGUUUCAUUCUUGAAGUAAAUUUUUAACGAUUUACGAUUCGUAAUGCUGACUCGGACAGAACAUGAUCGAUGGUGCAGCGUUUAUGGGAGUUGGUUUUGACGGGAGAGGAAAAUACAGCCCAGAAUCCAGAAAAAUCAGCAUCGUUCAAAGAAACUGCGCAAACAAAGCCACGUAAGUUUUCUAAAUGUUUGAAACACAGAGCACCGUGGUUUAAAAAAAUGCCAGAAAUUUCAUUAUUAAAGAAUUGUCACAAUUCUUUACAGAUGCGUAUGAUCAGAAUCGCACCGUUUAUUUUUAUUCCUACCGCUAGCCGGUUGCUAAAAGUUUUUCACUAAGGACCUAGUUAAGCCCAGCCUGCCUCGGAGGAUCGACGAGUAUGGCUGAGUCAUUCAGUGAUUAAUAUUAUCUUUCACUAUUUCAUAUCUUUUGGACAAAGCAUCACCGGAUUGAUGAAAGUGUUUCUCCUUAUUUCUCUCGAGAUCGCUGGCAGUUGAUUGUUUGAGACAUUACAUACUGCAGCUAUUACUUCCUACAUUUCACAUCACCUUUGCCGCAAUUUUUCCGAUCCAUCGAAAUUAUAUUUCAUCCGUAUCGAGAAAUGAAUUGAAUAGGUAUUAAUUGAGUCAUCGUGCUCAGGUUCAAUUUCACUUCUAUUUUAGGUACGAUGGCCUGGAUGUUCCUGAUACCAUGAACGUUCACGGUAUCUAUGACACGUCCGCCUCGUUAAUGACGUUUGAAAGUCGCGAGGAAUAUCGGAAGCACAUUCAACAACAGGCAGGCGUAUCUGGCUCGUACUACGGUUUCUCUGCAGGAGUAAAAGAAGCCUGGGGAGAGUCCACAGCAUCCGCUCGCCAAAAGUACUUGGCAAUGAUGGACGUUGAUGUUGACAGGUAAUUGUCAGUUGAAGACAACGUUAGGGAGCGGGAACUUAACUUAGCCAUGGGAACGAAGGUGAUGAUGAUAUUCGUGUCACGGUAGGUAACGCUAUGGGUGAUGGGAAUCAUAAUGGUACUUCCUUUUAUUAUGAUGUAAUGAUUGUUUUGCAUUUCCAACUCAACCAACUCCUUCAACUUGGGUAAUGUCGGGAUAUUUGUGUAUAACAAACACGUAAUUUAAUUUUUCUUCGCAGAUAUGAAAUAUUUCUGGAUGAGGUUAAGCCACAAGAUCUUAGCAUGUCAUUUCUACGAGAAUUCAUGAACUUACCAACUUCCUACUUCUCGGCAGGAGGACCUCUUAAAUAUCGUUAAGUAUCAUACCUUGACACGUAGAGGAGAUGUCGAUCCUAAGCUCAUCUUCAAAAAAUGUGUAACCUGACUUUGAUCAACAUGUUAUUAGGCAAUAUUUUUUACGCCGAAGGUCCAGAAAAUAAUAAGUUUUCAAUUAGGUUGUUUUUCUCUAUUUAUGCCCUUGGAGGUAGUCUUGGAGCUCUCCGCUUCAGCUUCUUUUUGAAAACUGAGUUUCAAAUCUGCAUCAAUUACAUUAACGUAUCUUUGGUUUUCUAGAAAACUUUAUUCAACGCUGGGGAACACAUUUUGUCAAAUCUGCAAAGUUUGGCGGCCAGUUGGAGAUACGCAAAACGAUGGAUGCUGAAGAGGCUAAGAGCAGAAAGGAAUUUGAAAUUCAAAUGGAAAUGGAGUUUAAGAAUUUGUUUGCAAGUGUUGGUGCCGGUGCUUCUUUCGAGACAGGUGAGAGCAGCAGGAAACAGACAAAGACCACAUCAACCUCAGUGGUGGCCCAAGGAGGCAGCCAGCAUAUUGCGUCCAUUUUAUCGGACGUGUACUCGCCAACUUUUAAAACAGAAUUCAAAGAAUGGCUCAAGACAAUUCCAGACUAUCCGAAGGCCUUCCGUUUCCAAAUAGGAUCUAUUACUGACCUCCUCGAUUUCAGGGCUAAUGAUUUAUUCCAAGAUGAUUCGGCAGAUUGGGGUUGUGAAGGAAAUGCUGCGCACUUACAGACGGAAGAGAAAGGAGGCAAAACCAUAAAAUAUUACGAAGUAGAAGAUGAUCAUGGAACGAGGCGAUAUUAUUGUGAAUUUGACAGUCGCCAAGCAGUGGAAAAUGCUGUACAAAGACGAAGGUUGAGCUUGAAAAGGGCAAUUGAGAUAUACAUGGAAGAGGUAUUAUAAUUUGGUCUAUAAUUCAUCCAAUAAUUUUGCUCGCGCGAGACUGGUCUAAACUCAUCACGCGAUCAAAUAUGCCCCAACUAAAACCGGGGAGUAUCCGAGGAUAUACCCCAAGUGAUAUUACCACAUUUUAAAACCAUACGUCUAUUACGAUAAAAACGUUCAUUUUAGAGUCAAUUCAAGAUAAGAGAGCGUCUAGUUAUUGUUGCAGAAAAGGAAGAUGUUUGUUUGUUCAUGAAGUUAUAUCACAGAGCACUGAAAAGUAAACGUACCACAGGCAGUAAAAAGUUUCAUCCACGCGUUGCAAAAUAUCUGAAAGAUAAUAAACGAAAUAAAGCCUCUUUUUGGCGUAAAAAUAUGCUAGAAUAUCUGUUCCUCCAAACUCAAAGCUUCGCUCUCGGAUAGCUGUUCGCAUCUCGGAACAGAGAACGUCCGCGGACAAAUAUCGAUGCAUAUUUUCGCGCCAAAUAGAGGCUAUCGAUGGUAUAUUCUUCUUAUUCUUAAAUGGGUAUCUAUUUGGCGUAAUGAUAAACGUCCUAAUUGGAAACUGAUUGAUUCAAGUCUGAUAAGAUCUUGAAAUUUUGACCAGGUUACAAGAACAGGAACGAUAGGAAUGACUGUUGGAUAGCAAACUAUAUAGGUAUCACUUUUCGUUGAAAUGAAUCUGAUCUUCUUUUAUUUAAGGGUGCAAUGUCUAUCUCCGACAUCGAGUUGAAUGCCUGUACACCACAUAGCGACCAAACAUUCAAGGAUAAUCACCAGAGUCCUUUUUUAACUACCCGUGAGCCUCUAAGUUGGGCGGAUAUUAUUAAAGACAGCACAGUUUUGAAGGUUUCCUUUGACAUGGUAGAUGAUCUACCCAAUGCUCAACGUUCAACUUUCAACAUUGGUCAUAAUAUGACCCGCCUUGUAAAAUUCUAUGAAAAGAAGUGGUAUACAAGUGAUAAUGAUGGUUCCUUUCAUCUGUACGGUGCAUACGGUAACAGGAACACCAACAAUGUUUCUCUGAGAAAAAUUUCUAUUUUUGGUCUUGUGCUAACGUUUAAUGAAGUCGAUAACAGCCUUGUUCUGGACCCCAGCGAUUUUAAGGUAUCGAAAAGGUUCUUUCCCACUUUAGCAGAAGACAUGGUUGGAACUCAGUUAGCCCGUGUGUACAUAUCAUCUACAAGUUCGGACAAACGAUCUACAUCAAGGCAGCCUUCAAGGGCAACCCAACUAUGUCAAGAGAAAUGGUCAAAUGCACUCCGAUUUGACCCCACGGACACCGAGGGUAAAUGCUUGCACUUUACUGCAUCAACAGCAGGAACAUUAUUUGUUGUAUUUGCAGCUCUGCCCAAGGAACCAGAGUCGCGUUAUUUGGUGGAAAUUUCUCCUGAAGGGGUGUAUAUUUAUAAGGUAAAACUAGCAACAAAAAUGCAGUAUUAGCCCUUAAUACGUUAAUACAAACAUAAUUAUGUAGAAUACUACCGCAACUUUGUUGUUUAAAUAGCAUCAAAAUAAAUUUCAAACUUACGGAAAUAAUUUCAAAGGCGUGUUUCGGCAUGACUCAUGCCAUCGUCAGUUUGUUUCUUGCGUCCGUUGACUUUGUUUUUACACAAACGUUAUAUAAAACUUACGUUAUAUCGGUUUGGAUCGAAUCACAAUCUUUGAAAUUAGUACUGUUUCAAAAGUUUAAGAAAACAAUAGCGCUCGCAAAUGUAACUCUUGAAAUGUUAAUCUAUGUGAAAAAAUCAUGGCAAUAAUGCUGCAUCCGUGCUUUCAACUUGGUUGCAAGCGGCCAAAGUACUAUGCUCCCUUUGAUUAAAGGAAGUAAGUAGUUUUGGCUGAGUCUAGAAUAUUAAAACACAUAUCUGAUUGUAGGAAAAAACCAGAAUUGGGCCUAGAUGAUGAGUUCUUGCACAUUUUAAAUCAGUUCGAAAAAGCGGUCCUCGUUGUCUCCUUAAUCAUAAAACGCCUUAAAUUUUAUCAAUCUUUCCGAAAUAUGUAACUUAUUAGAAUUUGACCAAUUUUGGUCCGUAAAUCGCCUCGUUUCUUCAAUUAUCUGGUCAGCGGUGUCUUUAUUUCUUAGGGUACAUUUUUAAAGAAACCAACCACGAACGCCAACGCUCGAGCACUUGGAUAUGCCUCCCUUUAUCAGUCGUACUUUGUUUGCAUCACGGAAUCAGAGGAGAGCACCCUCAUUGAAUAUGGAAAGAGUCUAGGGACAUCUGAGAGUGGGGAUAUCUAUCUGAAUUUUAUUGACAGCAGGGAUCACCUAAAUGCUCGUUUCUACGCGUUUGGCAAUGACCAGAAUCCUGCCAAGGUGAUGGAUGUUCACAUCGUAUCUCGCCAUUUGACGAAAGCAGAAUGUAAAGGAGAAACAGUCAAAGAUUUGGAGACAAACCUUUGCGUUCAGAGGUGUCAUAAGGAUUGCGAUCCCUUGGCUGGUGAGACCUAUAAUCAAACGUGGAAAGUUGUUUUAGAUCUGCUUGGAAAUAUUCUCUAUUGUUCCAGUUAUUUUUUCCUCUCUAUCGUACUGAGAUUCAGUUUAUCUGUCGAUAUACUUUUAGAUAUACGAAUUCAAACACGGUUUAUCAAUUUUCAUUAAUUCUGGAUUAGAUUACAAUUUGCCUGACGUGAGAAACUGUACAAAAAAAUACAUGCAUUCAAGCUAGUAAAUAGUUUAUUGCGAGGUCUGCGUGCUAAUCAGUGUUCGUACCGUUAGACUUGAAACGAAAGAAAGAAGGUAAAAGAAACGUGCUUGCAGCACGCUGCUACACUAAGUACUUCUGUAUAGUGAUCAUCAUAUGACCCAUCUAGCCCCGCGUGUGCGAUGCUGUAGAAGCCGACCUGUGUAGGAAUCGGACGAAAUGGCGUGAGCAGGAUAAAAGAAAGGUUUUUGUUGUAGUAAUCUCUUUGGUUUUUGUCUCGUGUGCACCCGUCUAUCACGUCCUGAGGGUUGAAAAAAAUUUUCAAAAUUUUCAAAAGUCAUUGGUCAUAUGGUAAAAAGCUUAUUAACUGAGUUUGAUCGGGCUAGACGGAUUAAAUUUUGACUCUCGAUCUUGAUGCAAGAACUUCACUGCGCUAAGUCCGAACAUCAUGACUUCGAGCCAAAUUUUUUCCCGUCCAGCCCUCACAAUCAGUCAAUAAGAAUAUAAUAAGAACCCAAAAUGUCCUCGAUACCUGCACAAGGAGACUUGCUUUUGCAAUUGAGUCCACAAUCCGAUUUUGCUACGUUAAGUGCCAUUAUUAUACUUCAAGCAAGUGGUUACCACCCACAUUCCCUGAACUGAAUAAUGAUCUGUUAGUAGAGAGUUUACAUGUUGUAACACUUGUUGGAUAUCUUAACAAAUGACAAAGCUCCCUCAUGUGGUUGUAGGUUGCGAGUUACCUGAUAGCGCCCAAUUUCCUAAUGGGUGUAAAGCUUGUAGAACUGCUCUGGACGUGGAGAGAAAUAAAUGCAUACCCGCAUGUCCAGACAACAAAAUGCUAACGAAAGACAAGAAAUGCGUUCGUAAGUAACUGAUUAUUUUCCAUUAAAAGCGUAUGCUGUCAUAAAACAUGACAUCCUCUUUUUAAUUCAGGGAUUGGUAACUCAUCCAUAAGAUACGUAUUGAGUCAGAUACUUUCUUCGUUCUCUUUUUUUUUUUUUAAUAUAGGAUAAGCUUUUUCCUUUUGGUUCAAGAUAUCGAGAUUAAAAUUGGAGGAAGCUGACCUCCUACACUCAUAGUGGUUCACAAAGAGGUUUUAAGAAUGAAGGACUUUACUGCACCCGAUGUUGGGAUCUUUGUGACUGAAACACGCUCAAUAAUACAACUAGAUAAGGCAGAAUUCGAGACCUCCUAGGUUGCAGAGAAAAGCACCUCUCUGUUUUUAUCUGCGUUCAAAAUCUCCUGAAGCAAUCCCCUUUUUUUUGUUCCAUUGAGUUGAUAGACCGAAAUUUCAUUUAGCGAAAAUCUAAUGAUAAUUUACUAACAGUGCUCUUUUAAUGAAAAUUACGCAGCCACGUUUGACGUUAAAGGCACGCUUGUGUUUGACGACCUGCCAUUCCUACCAGAAGUUACAAUUUGCCACUGGAUGAAGCUUGACAAAAACUUUGUGAGACGACCAGGCUACUUCCAUAAAUUUUAUGGAGGGAGUCGGAGCUCAAUAUUAUCAUUUAUUCAGCCGCUUGGUGAAGGAGGGAUUCUUUUCAGGAUGGAAAUCAGUCCAGAUAGAAAGAAACCAGGAGAUCGUCAACGGUAAAGAAUAACUAAACAUACAUUAAUGAAAGUUGAUAUCCAUUAUUUUCGCAUGCGUGUGGCAAAAGAAAACUCAAUUGUACGAUGUUUUCCAGAUUUUUCUCAAGAUUUUGACUUUAGGACUAGAGUAUCUCGUUUACGAUUCAGUGCAUUGACUCUAAUUUAAGAAUGAAGCUUCUGUAGAACACCGAAAAACAUGUUUCACUAAUUUUCACGUAUUUUUUAAAUGCAGAUUGAAAUUAAGUCAGUUGGAGGACUUGCACUGGCAUCAAUUUUGUGUGACUUGGUCUGGUUUUACAGGAGUAAUCCAAUAUUAUUUCGACGGAAAGAACAUUUUAUCAGCGAUCAACCGACAAAGAGGUGAACUCCAAGGAGGGGGAUCACUAGCGGUUGGUGACACGAGGAUGAGGAUCACAGGCUUCGAUGUGUGGGAUCGAGUUCUAACUAGACAAGAAAUCUCUCAGAAUCUAAAAAAGUGCGACGCUGGUAAAGGGAAUGUUGUGCAGUGGCAUCAAGCUUUUAAAUACUUUAGGAAAGACAAAAAAAUGUACUCCAUUCCUUCGGCUUGUGAACCCCCUAGUUCAAACUGA